CCCUCCACAACAUCGAUCCACCAGACCGGCCGGCUGCAGGCCUGCAGCUGCGAUGGCCACGGUCUUCAAUCUUGACAGAUCAGGCCAGGCUCGCUAUGCCACAUAUAAAUUUCACUACGACCAAUAGGCAGCCAACCACGGUCCACCGUCGACUCCCCGGUCCACUGCAGCUGCCCAGCUCCCACCACCACGACCGAUCUUGCCAUGGCCUGCAGUAGGUGCCCGGCGCCGUCGCUGCUCCUCGUGCUCGCCCUCAUCACCUACCUGAGCCUCGCCUCCGCCGCCUCCUCGUUCCAACCGCAGCCACGCCUUGACAACAGCCACCUCGCGCAGACGACCAGCGCCGCCGGCGGCGUGAGCGCGCGGACGUGCUGGUACACGGUGCAGAUCAAGACGAGCUGCGCGUCCCCGGCGCACACGUCGGACACGAUCAGCCUGGCGUUCGGCGACGUGUACAAGGACGAGGUGUACGCGGCGCAGCUGGGCGGCUUCGCCGGCGCGUUCGACCGGUGCGCCACCGACACGUUCAAGAUCGGUGGCCCCUGCGGGUACGGCGUCUGCUACCUCUACGUCCGCCGCGCCGGCCGCUCCGGGUGGACGCCGGAGUGGAUCAGGGUGUACGAGCCCGCCUCCCCCGGCACGCCCUCCACCUUCCGCUACGGGGACCCGCUGCCCAACAACGUCUGGUACGGCCUCGACCGCUGCACGCGCCUCGUAUCCCCCUCGUCGUCCUCCUCUGCCUCCGCUGCGGUCCAAGCGAUGUAGCCAUGGCCGAAGCAGAUCGUGGAGCUAGCACUUACUUGUAUGUACGAUGAUUUUGUCGAUCCAGUACGGCGAGCUUGCCAGAUAUACUGCUUACUAUUUUGGUCAGAAUUUCAAUAUGCGAUCUGUGUAAUCCUGAUCGAGAUGUAUAUGACACGAAUAAAACCGCUCCAAUCUCUCUGUUUUUGUUUGA